AUGAGUAAUCUCCAGACGUUUUUGAGUAAAUCGACAGGUGUCAUAUCUAACGCGGUGAAAUGUGGUGUGCGAAAGAUGGCCGCUCCACUGAUGGUGCCCCCAGUUGCCAAAUCAAGGUACGAUUCUGUCAAAGCAGCACCAGUACGGCUUCCCAAAAAACUCAAAAUUCUACAGCCUUUUCAAACACUGAUAUUCCCCAAUGACCGUUCACAAGUCCGAGGAGUUGAUAAUGUGGUACAUCAAUUGUUACAGAGGCGAUACCGUUUAAAGAAUUUUCAUCCAAUUAUGAGAAACACAUUUUUAUCAGUGCAAUUGUUUCCACGAGAUCAUAUACUUUCCAAUUUUAGAAAGUCCAACAUCUCGCUUGUUUUCAACAUGCACCAGCUACCCAUGUUAAAUGAUCGUCAUUUAGAAUCCGGAUUUAAAAGCCGACCGAAAUAUAAAGAUUUACAGUUUUUUGACAGCAAGCCCCUGCCAAUGCAAUCUGCUUGCGGAAGAACAAAGUCGAAAAAGCAAUUCAAAGAGUUGUUUGUUAAAUCGUUGCAAAACUUUUCAAAUCACCGGAAUAACGAUCGCUUGUUUGGUAUCUUUGUUUUCCAUGUUCUCAAGGUACCCGUCAAUCAGGAGCAAAACGAGGUGAUAUUGAGAGAUUUGGAAAACAUGUGUUUGGAUCUACUAGAUAAAGACAACAAAUGGAAUGAUUUAAAAAAUUUGUACAAUAAAUCAAAAGACCCCAGUCCUCAACAGCUAAAAAACGUUCAAUACAGUUAUGGAGCAAAGGGACUUUUAGAUAGAAGAGUGAGAUUCCCUUUUUCAAAUAAGCGAACCAACAAGAUCUUGAAAAAGUAG